AUGAGCUUCCUUGAGCGAUUCUUCCUUGGAGACGACGAGAAGACCGCGACGAAUACCGCCUAUAUGGGGAUCGAGGAAGAUUCCGCCGUUCUCUUCCCCGUCCCCAAUCUCUCCCCCGUCGCCGAUUCAAUCGUCCAUCGAUGCUCUAGGAUUCUUAUGUUGUCAAUCGAUCAGUUGCACCAAUCUUUUGAGGCUGAAGUACCCGAGCAUUGGAGGCAACCAAAGGAUUAUGCUAGGAACCUUGUGGAAUAUUGUUCUUAUAAAGCUCUUCGUAUCGAAGCUAAGCGCUUGGAUCAUCUGAAUGAUAAGGAGUUUUCACUUUUAACAUUUGAUAUGAUGCUUGCCUGGGAAGCACCUGAUACAGAUACUGAAUCUUUACUAAAAGAAAAAGUUUGCUCAAGUAAUCCAGAAUCUGAGGAUGAUGAUGAUGAUGAUGAUGAGGGGUCAUUGUUUUAUGAAAGUGCAACGAGAACGGCCAGUCAGAUUGAUGGAAAGAAGACUGUUGGACUGGAGGCUUUUGCCCGGAUAGCUCCUGCUUGUGCUGCUGUAGCUGAUCCAAUCACUGUUCACAAUCUCUUUGAUGCACUUACUAGCUGUUCAGGCGGUCGACUCCAUUAUCUUAUAUAUGACAAGUACCUCAAAAGCUUAUACAAAUUGCUUCAAUCAAUGAAGAAUGUAUCAGGAAAAUCUAACAAUUACAAGUUUAACCUAACUGAUGGGGAAAUUAUAUUAGACUCUGACACUAAAUCUGUUAUGCAACAUAAUGGGACAUCAACAAAACCUGGAAGGCUGACACUCACUAGCCAUGCUCUAUAUUUUGAAGCAUCAGGGAUUGCUUCAUAUGACAAAGCAGUCAAAUAUGACUUGUCCAAGGACUUGAGGCAGGUCGUUAAGCGUGAGUUAACUGGGCCAUGGGGCGCUCGUCUUUUUGAUAAGGCCGUCAUGUACAAGUCAGAUUCUGUUGCAGAGCCCAUUUUCUUAGAAUUUUCCCAAUUCAGUGGUCAUUCACACAGGGAUUACUGGUUUUCAAUCAUUCAGGAAGUUCUUAAUGCACAUAAAUUUAUAAGGAAGUACAAAUUGAAAAGGUUUCAAAAGGAAGAAGCUCUUUCUAAGGCAAUUUUAGGCAUUUUCAGAUAUCGUGCUGUGAAAAAUCCUUUUCAUAGCACACUCUCACAUUUUAAGAGUAUACUUGCUUUUAACUUAGCUGAAAAACUUCCAAAAGGAGACAAAAUCUUGGAAGCUUUAUAUAGCCACUUGGAGCUGAUGCAGAUGGAAUUUCAGAAUCAUGCUGGCCUUCUGGCUAUAUCAGAGGAGAUGCCCUUAGUUGGUCCACUACCAGAUUCACUAUAUGCACUUACAAGAAUGGGCUUUUCGCUACUGAGGAAGGAAGAUAAUCCAGCGAAUGAUAUUUUGGUUGGUAAUGUUCAUGUUGGUAAGACAUGUCCACUACAAACUGCUGUCAGAGAAUCAUUUUGCUAUUCCAACAGCGUUGAGGCAGCACGCGCAACAUUUUAUCAGGUCAAAGUAGAGGACAUAAAUACAAACUUAGCUGUGAUUAAGGUAGUUUACAUUUAUGCUGAAUAUGAAAUCUUUGAUGAUUUUUGGGGUUGGAUCUGGUACACCAUGCCAUGCAUUUUCUUUUCUCUUGCUCUUUGCAUGUUCUGGCAUAAACAUCAUAAUAUCGGAAAACCCGCCGAAGUGUUCAGAGUUUCACCUCCACCAAGUAGGAGUGCAGUCGAGUUAUUAUCAAUGUUACAAGAUGGAGUAUCUCAGCUUCAAACAAACGUCCAAACAGGAACUAUCGCUCUUCUUAAGCUAAGAGCUCUCCUUUUAGCAUUUCCUCAGGAUUUGGAUUUCAAGACGACCCCCCAUGUUGCUGCUUCCUUGGUCAUUGUGGCAGUAGCUUUCUCCAUGGCGCCUUUCCGAUACCUUCUAGCUCUAGUGCUUCUUGAGGUUUACACAAGAAGGAUGCCGCUGAGGAAACCGAGCAGUGAGAAGUUGGAAAGGAGGGUCAAGGAAUGGUGGAGUCGCAUUCCUGCUGCUCCAAUUCAGAUUGCCAAUCCUGAAUACAACAACUCAAGAUGA